AUGGGCAAAUUAACAGGGCCAGCAUUACGAUGGUAUCAAGAAAACUUACGAUCAUUUAUCAACUGGAGUGAUGCUGAAAAAGCAUUACGAGAUCGAUUUAAAGAAUUUACAUCAGACAGUCAAUUAAUGCAAGAAUUUUUUUAUAUUUAUCAAGAAGAAAACCAAUCUGUUAUAUCAUUUUAUGAAAAUGUUAUCCGAAAAUAUAGAAAGUCUCGACAAUUUAUUACUGAACAACAAGUUAUUACGGUAUUACAGAAUGGUGUAAAAAAUUCAUUAAAGGGACAUUUAAUUCGUAAUGAAAAAGAAAUUAAAAAACCAGAAGAAUGGUUGCAAUUUGCAAGAGAAGAAGAAUAUAUACAAAAACGAAUUCAACAAAAAAUUAACGUUCCACAUCAUGAACCAAAGAAUUUACCAUUUUUUGAACGUACAUUACCAACUGCAACAAUUCAAUUAACGUCAACGAAUAUGUAUUUAUCAAGUCAACAACCAUCUACAUCACGUCAUUACUAUAAAAAACAACAUCAACAACAAUCAACAUCAAUAAAUAAUCGAACAUAUCCAACACAAAAUAAUUAUACGACUUUUAAACCCACUCAAAAAAAUCAUUCAAAGAAGGAGGGGUCGGAUGAUGGCGACGAUCCCUGUGGAGCCACAAAGUCAUCAACCAAAACAACAUUUGCUCCCAUUUUUGUUAAAAUUUUAUGUAAUAAUACUCCACAAGAAGCACUCAUCGAUACCGGAUCGGCCAUCACUAUUAUACAUCAACAUCUGUUAAAUGAUGUACCACAUGAAAAAUUAAUACCAAAAACAAUAAAUCAUUUAUCUGCAAAUUGCUCAACAUUAAAUAUUAUUGAUGAGAUACCCUUAGAAAUAAAUGUUAAUGGAAUGAAAACAACAGUUAUUGCUGAUGUUACAACAAAUCUUGUUACAAAUUUAAUAUUAGGUAGUGAUUGGAUUCAAUCAAAUAAUGUUUAUAUCCUUACACCUGAACAACGAAUUAUGAUCCGAAGUCAAGGUAAAGAAGUAUCAACUCCUUUUGUACAACCACCUCUUCUAAAUUAG